AUGCAGCUAUCAAACAUCCUCCGGGCAGCCGUCUUCACCCUUGCCGCCGUUCCCUCCGGCGCCGAUAUUAUUGAUUGUGUUAUCGGGCUUACUUACAAGGGGAACUGGGUGACUGGUCAACUUGUAAAAACCAGCCCCUUCAAAGACCCACCAGACGUAUUCCGGUUCACGGCGGGAUACCAUCUAAUACAGGCCUACGUCAAUACCGUCUGUGGGUGGAAAGAGUACCCGCUCUGGUCUCCCAUCAAUUCGGAGCUGUAUCGUUCUGUCAGGGAUGAUUGCGGCAGCCACCUCGCCGACACGGCCACCAUCGUGCCCGAGGCGGUGCAGUCACUCCAGUGUAGCUGGGAGAUGGACACGUUUUCUGCCCUGCGCGCAAACAAACAUUACACGACGCCUUCCGGGUGCACUUGGGUAUACAACAGCCUUCGACCGCCACGACGACUGAAGCUACAACCUUCACCGUUACUGCUGAUCCGGGCGCUACGGUUCGUUAGACCAACCCACCAAGAAAAGAUGCUCAUUUCACGCCUCAUUGCGAUCCUUGUCACCAUCUCUUUGGCGUCUGCAGCCUACACCGGCCCAUGCGAGGAGAGCAAUUGCGGAGCCUCUGGUCAGAAUUGCACAAGCGGCUAUCUCUGCGUCCCGUACCCGCACAUGGACCAGGAGCUCAGGGAGGGCUGCACCUGCUCUAUCGCUUAA